AUGCAGCACAAGGUGUUUUGGAGCGUCCUGGAGUACACCUGCCGAUUGCUGGGCAUCUCCACUGCAGCAGUGCUCAUCGGUGUGGGCGUAGAAACUCUGCAGCGAGGACAGUUCAAAAGCCUGGCUUUCUAUCUGCUUUUUUCAGGGGCUGCAGUUACUGUCUGUGAAGGCUUCUUCUUUAUCAGUUUGUUCCUGGAGAUGUGCUUCACAUAUGAGCCUGAUUCCCUGGCACAGGCCUGCUGGAAGCGAGCUAGACGCCCGGGGAGCUUCCAGAAAUUCCUGGGGUACACACUGCUCUCAGUGGCUUGCUUCCUGCACCCUGUCCUCGUCUGGCACGUCACCAUCCCUGGGUCCAUGCUGGUGCUCACAGCCCUGGCCUACUUCUACGUGGACCCUUCUGCUGCCAUGGCAGCCCCAACCAUCGCUGGUGACACUGAGCAGACCUACACCUUCCCUGGGGCCCAGAGGGAGCAGCACCGCUCGCUGCUGGGCCACGUGAAGAGCAUCCUGAAGGGCAGCACGGACAGGAGCCUAGCCCCCCUAGGUCCUGCCCAACCCGCUGCCCUGCCAGCCCCACACAAGCAAGUGCACUUCCAGGAGAAGGUGGUGCAGAUCAUCCCCUCUGUCAGCGAGAGCUUGGAGGAUGUGGAGAGUGAGGCCGAAGAGACCACAUCGGACACAACACCCAUCCUUGCCCCGCCCGAUGCCCCCAUCAUCCUUGCUCCCCUCAGCUCCACGGGCCUCUUUUGA